AUGAAGGCCUUUUACUUCCUGACAUCUCUCGCCGCCGGCGCCGCCGUCGCCCAACAGGCCCAACUCUGCGAUCAAUACGCCACCUACACCGGUGGCGUGUACACCAUCAACAACAACCUGUGGGGCAAAGACGCCGGCUCCGGCUCGCAAUGCACCACCGUGAACUCCGCCUCCAGCGCUGGCACCUCCUGGACGACGAAAUGGAACUGCUUCGACAAGAAGCUCGUCAGCCAGAUCAGCCGGAUCCCCACCGCCGCCCGGUGGAGCUAUGACAACACGGGCAUCCGCGCGGACGUCCUGGAACCCCUUGGAUCCCAGAUCGCGACCGCCACGGUCGAGGGCCAGACCUGGGAGCUGUGGUACGGCGUCAACGGGGCGCAGAAAACAUACAGCUUUGUGGCUCCGACCCCGAUCACCUCGUUUCAGGGCGACGUCAACGAUUUCUUCAAGUACGUGACGCAGAACCACGGCUUUCCCGCCAGUAGCCAGUAUCUCAUCACGCUCCAAUUCGGCACCGAGCCUUUCACGGGUGGUCCCGCAACGCUCACCGUCUCGGACUGGUCUGCCAGCGUCCAGUAG